UUUCGGAAAUCUCCUGCCACCGGAUUGUUCGAGACGCACUGAAUAAUGUCUAGGGUUCGUAAUCAUAACCGGAUCCUCACCUGCGACGGCCGGGAAAUUGAAUUUUCCGGCGAGUCGGCGAUUAAUUUGUCGGACGAUACUGUGUUUCAGUUCCUGAGUGAGGAGUGUGAGGGAUCAUCGCCGGUGAGUAGCAUUGACGGAGUUUCGAAUGAUGAGGAGGAGACAGGUAACGAAGACGAGAAUGGAAACGAGGAUCGAGGAACUGAGGUUGAUAAUUAUUGGGAGACUCAACACGAAUUGUUGCAAUCCACAAUAUGCAGAACAAGUGCUUUAGAAUCAAGGAUCCGAAAUAUAACAAAGGAAGUGUUAAAAGAAGCCGGCAGCAAAGUCUGUUCCUGCAGCAGAGCUGCGAACACCGGAUGCAGAAACUGUCUGAUGGCAGAGAUUUGCUGCCGACUCCAGAAUGCCGGUUUGAAUGGAGCAAUUUGCAAGUCCAAGUGGAGAAGCUCACCCGAUAUUCCAUCAGGGGAACACACAUUUGUGGAUGUAGUGGACAGCUCAAAUCCAAAAAAAGGACAAGUUAGAGUGAUCAUCGAGUUGAAUUUUCGGGCUGAAUUCGAGAUGGCCCGAGCAAACAACGAAUACAACAAGCUGAUCAACCGCCUGCCGGAAACAUUCGUAGGCAAAAUAGAAAGGCUUCUGUCACUCAUAAAGAUCUUAUGUGGAGCUGCCAAGAAGUGCAUGAAGGAGACAAAAAUGCACAUGGGGCCGUGGCGAAAGCAACGAUACAUGCAAGCCAAGUGGCUGAGAACCCGCGAGCGGAUGGCCGCGUCUCAGCCUUCGUUGUCCGAUUACUCGGCCCGUCCGGCCCGGCCCAGAAUGUCGAUGCUGACUGUCGACUUGAUGGAGAACUUCUCUACUUUGCAUAGACCCACAGUUGCUGUGGUGUGAAGUUUUGUUUCAGCUAAGUUAUGCACUGUGUGAGCUGAGCCUUUUUUCAAUUAUUAGCUUUGGUUGAGGAUUUCACGGGAAAUAGAUGAAAAAAUCCUCUAGCCCACUAUAGUGUAGCAGCAGUUUUGUUCUUGCAGUACCAAUAAUGAGAAUGCAAAC